AUGAAAGAGACAUCAAAAUGGUGGUGGAUUGGUGGAAAUCACAACACAUCAAGUUCCUCCUCUUGGCUUAACUAUACUCUCUCUGAACUCGAUUCAAAGCCGACUGAAAUGCUGAGAGUGAUUGAAGAGGUUGAUGAUGAAGCCGAUUCCUUCGCUAAACGAGCAAAGAUUUAUUACGAGAGAAAACCAAAACUCAUUGCAAUGGUCCAAGAUUUAUACCGUUCGCAUCGCUCGUUUGGCGCAAAGGUGUGA